UCUAAUUUCCACCCAGAAAUUAACAUUACCAACUCCUUCAACAUCAUCGAUUCUCUUAACGGUCAAAAAAAAUACAAACUUUUGUUGCAAACAACAUGGCUUCACAUGAACCAUGGCUUUUGGAAAAUGGCAACCUCAAAGGGCUGAGCAAGGAGAAUCGACAUGGGAGAACUGCCCACAACAUGUCGUCUUCAUCCUUGAGGAAGAAGUCUGAUCUCACGCUUGUAUCAAAAGUUCCUUGUAAUUGCCUUAGACAAUUGCUUGCUAAUCUCCAAGAGGUCAUUUUGGGGACCAAACUUUCUAUUCUCUUUCCUGCAAUACCAUUUGCCAUAAUCGCUUACUGUUAUGGCUUUGGAAAACCAUGGGUUUUCGUUCUCAGCUUAUUGGGACUUACUCCUUUAGCCGAACGUGUUAGCUUUCUGACCGAGCAAAUUGCUUACUACACUGGCCCAACAGUGGGGGGACUCUUGAACGCAACUUGUGGCAAUGCUACGGAGCUCAUAAUAGCAAUCUUUGCUCUAGCUGAGCAUAAAAUAGAUGUGGUCAAGUAUUCUCUUCUAGGUUCCAUUCUUUCGAACCUCCUUCUAGUUCUUGGCUCCUCUCUCUUCUGUGGAGGCUUGGCCAACCUCAAAAGGGAACAAAAAUAUGAUAGAAGACAAGCUGAUGUGAACUCACUGCUGCUGUUCCUGGCAUUGUUGUGCUACUUGCUGCCGCUGCUGUUUAGAUAUGCUGGUGCCUCAGCUGCUCUCACGGCGGACCCAACACUGAAGUUGUCGAGAGCCGCCAGCAUUUUAAUGUUGAUUGCUUAUGUUGUGUACAUUAUCUUCCAACUAUGGACACACAGGCAAUUUUUUGAAGCUCAGGAGGGCUCGGAUGAUGAUGGUGAAGAAGCGCCUGUGAUAGGAUUUUGGAGUGGAUUUGCCUGGCUGAUUGGGAUGACUGUUGUCAUUGCUGUAUUAUCCGAAUAUGUUGUGGGCACUAUUGAGGAUGCUUCUGAAUCUUGGGGAAUCUCUGUCAGCUUCAUUAGCAUCAUCUUGCUACCCAUAGUUGGAAAUGCAGCUGAGCAUGCUGGAGCUGUCAUAUUUGCCUUUAAAAACAAGCUGGAUAUUACCUUGGGAGUUGCCUUGGGUUCUGCAACUCAGAUUGCUUUAUUUGUGGUUCCACUGAAUGUGAUUGCUGCUUGGAUGAUGGGGAUUAAGAUGGAUCUCAACUUUAAUCCCCUUGAGACUGGUGCUCUUGCUCUUUCAAUUAUCGCCACAGCCUUCAGUUUGCAGGAUGGGAAUUCUCAUUACUUGAAGGGAUUGGUUCUUCUGCUUUGCUACAUUGUCAUUGGAGCAUGUUUUUUUGUAUCUCAAAGACCUCUAGGUAUGUAUUUACAUGAAUCUCUUUAAAGGGAUUGAAGAUGGAAAGUUGAAGAUAAGAAGAAGAAUAUGCAUUUGUUAUUCUUUCAUUUGAAAGUUGAGAUGGAUGAAUUUUCUUCAGAGUGAAUGGGUUCCAUUGAAGCCCGAUGAAGGCAGGCAGGUCAUAGUAAUAUUUGUCAGUUUAUAUAUAAAUAAUCUCUCAGGAUGUUGUUUUUUAGUGUAACUGAGUGAGAGUUUGCUGUAUUUGUCCAUUUAGCAGUGGAAAAAAUGUAUUCCAGUCAUCAAUAAAAUUGAAUUUGUUGUUGUUUGA